UCAGUCCCAGUACGCCUUGUGCGACUUACCAUCUACCAUCUACUAUCGAUUCAGCUCUACUACUCUGUCGACCAUUCACCCUAACACCCCCCCUCUAUCCAUUACCCUACCAACCUCCAACCCUUUCCACUCAACAACAAUAAACCAAAAUUCAUGAUCUCAACAGCUGCUGCCACGAGGGGAUCAAUUGCUUCCAAGCAGGGUCCAACCCUCCUACUCAAAUCUAUCAAUGGCUUGACCGCAUCAUCAAGGGGCCUCCGCCCUUGCUUCGUCCUCGUCCAGCACACGCAACUCACACCCACGAGCCGGCGAAACUUCACCUCCUCUCCUUCCCACCCCAAGAUCACUGAAUACUUCCCGCAAAAAGAGACCGAAAAGGUCAGGAAGACGGAAGCAGCAUGGCCUCACCCAGUCUAUACCCCCGAACAAAUGUUGGCUGUGACGGUGGCGCACCGCGAAGCGAAGACGCUUUCCGACAAGGCCGCUCUCGUCGCCGUUAAGGUCCUCCGAUGGGGUCUCGACUUCGCUACUGGCUACAGGCACGGCAAGGCGACCAAAUUGGGACAGAAGGACCCCAAGGCCGCGUUGGAAAAGUACGGGAUGAACGAGGAGAAGUACAUGAUGCGGAAUGUGUUCCUGGAGAGCGUGGCCGGCGUGCCGGGAAUGGUGGCGGGCAUGUUGCGACAUCUGCAUUCAAUGAGACGGAUGAAGAGAGAUAACGGAUGGAUCGAAACACUGCUCGAAGAGAGCUACAACGAGCGCAUGCACCUCCUGACCUUCCUCCAAAUGUCGAAGCCAGGAAUCUUCAUGCGCCUGUUCGUCCUCGGCGCCCAGGGCGUCUGGUUCAACGCACUAUUCCUCGCCUACCUGAUCUCGCCACGGACGGUGCACCGAUUCGUCGGGUACCUGGAGGAGGAGGCAGUCGUGACCUACACCCGACAGAUCAAGGACAUCGACGCGGGCCGCCUGCCCAAGUGGGAGAAGCUCGAGGCCCCGGAGAUCGCGGUAGACUACUGGAAGAUGCCCGAGGGCCACCGCACGAUGAGGGAUCUGUUGCUGUACAUCCGCGCCGACGAGAGCAAGCACCGAGAGGUCAACCACACGCUGGGCAACUUGAACCAGACCGAGGACCCGAAUCCCUACGUCAGCCAGUACAAGGACGCCGGGAAGCCGCAUCCGAGCAAAGGAUUGGAACACCCGAAGCCGCUGGGUUGGGAGAGGACCGACAUCAUCUAAUUUUCGGACGGAGAGAGAGAAGUUCUUUUAUUCACUUUUCACUGACAUGGUUAUGAGGCAUUAUUGGCGUUACUUGAUAUCCUCCACUCAUAGACGGACAGUUCACUUGAGA